AAAGGGCCUACAAGCUCUACAUGUAUUUGUUGUAUCUAAAAUUUUGAAUUAAGAUUCAUACCUUCAACCACAUGGUCAUGUCUUUUCAGCAGAUGUUUUAAUCCACAAGUUGAUAAGCAAUUGAGCAUACACGACUGAUUUACUAAUUUGGGACCCUUUAUGAUCACAUAUAACAAAGACAUAAGCAUGUGUCAUGUUUGGUUUGGUUGCUCUAAGUUUAUCUUAAACUCUUAUGCCUUCUCUUUAUAUAUAUAUAUAUGUAAUAAGCCUAUGUGAUUUCUCAUCAACUAUAACCUGCAUUCUAAAAGUUAUGCAACACAAUCUUACAAUAUAUCCUUUUGAUCUAAGAAAAUCUUUUCCUUCAGAAGAAUGGUGUACACAAAGAAACUACUCAAGAUGGCCAAAAAAUGGCAACAGAGAGCAGCUCUCCACAGGAAAAGAAUCUCGUUUCAGAGAUCAAGUAUUACUACUAGCUCACCUGCAGCAGAGAAGGGUUGUUUUGUGGUUUACACACUGGAUAAAUCACGCUUUUCACUUCCAGUAAGUUGCCUAAGCAACUCAGUUUUACAAGAGUUCUUAAAGAUUUCUGAGGAAGAGUUUGGCCUCCAAGCUGGUGGACCAAUCACGUUACCAUUUGAUUCGGUUUUCUUGGAGUAUCUCAUCAAACUGAUCGAAAGACAAAUGGAUGGAGAUACGGAGAAGGCUUUGUUAAUGUCAGUCUCCAGUGCUAGAUGCUCUUUACAUUUUCCUUUGCAACAACAAGAACAACAGAGUAGUACUAAUCAACAGUUGCUUGUAUUCUAGAGUUUAGACAUUUCUAUGUGUUUGUGGAGUGUAAAGUAGAUUAAAUAGACAGAUAACUUCAGAAAUAUAAACUAUUAUUUCGUGA